ACUUGAAACUUUGAUUUGCAAAUCAGAAAAAGGGAGUUGUAACUGAGUAGAGGGAGUUGUGGAAGAUGGAAAAUGACAUAGUGAGGCAGAAGGCUAAGAACGUUUCUGUGCUAAAUGAGGAGCAGCAGAAAGAGUUGUGUCAGUCAGUUGCGGUAGAUGAGGUUAGGGAUGCAUUGUUUGCUAUUGGGAAUGACAAGGCCCCAGGUCCAGAUGGUUUAUCUGCAGGAUUUUACAAGGCUGCAAGGGUUUGUUCAAUGGAUUAUAAAAUGCAUUUCUACUACCCAUAUCUACAUUUUGUUGGUGUUCCCGGGGAACGGGAGCUUGUGGACAAGAUGGAUAAAACAAAAGUUGAGAGGGAGUACCAUAUAGGUAGCACAUGUCUCUCAAGAUGCCCCUCGGACAUGAGCUUAUCCUGCAGACUAGACGGGAAACUUCCUUAUUUUAUGGCAAUUGGUCGGGAGGCAAUCCUGAAUCAGUCAGACAAAAGGGAAGCAAUCUUACCGUAGCCCAUGAGCUUCAAAAGAAGAAUGGUUUUGCGUUAUCAAUAGAAUUAUCUGUUUUGU